ACAUCUAAUCGUGGCAACCACCUUUACCAGCUGCCUUACCAAACUUCAUUUCAUAUAUAAACUUUACAAUAUAAUCUUCCUUUUGAUCCAAAAUUCCCAACAAAUUCUAGGUGAAUUUCUGUUUGUUUCAAAUAGUUUGAUCUUUAUUGAGAUUAGAAACAUCAAGAAAUAAAAUUAUGGGUUGGAAAUUAUGGAAAAAGAAGGCAAUUUCAGCCAAAUUUGAGAUAGUUAAUUACCCAUUAUUGGUGCAACCAUUUUAUGCAAUUUCCAUAACUCUUCUUAGCCUUUUACUACCUCUAUCAUUCUUGCUAUUAGCAAGAUUAUCAAGUGCUCAUUACCUCUUGUCAUUAGCCUCGAUUUCGCCUCCGAAAUCCCUUGUUUUCUCUCUUUUUCUAAACACUAAUCCAAACAUCCUACACGCCCUUGUGUCCGUUAUUAGCUUAGCGGCGUUAAUACAUGCCUUAACGGGCCGUAUUAGCCUAAUAAGCGAGCUCCCAGGGCCUAUUUUUAGGCCCCGGGUGCACGCGGCGUGGAUCUUCCUAUGCACCUUACAAGUGUGUGUAGGGCUAGGAAUUGAGGCUACUAUUAAGGCAGGAGUUGAUGGGGCAGGGUUUGGUGAUGAAAGGUCCAUGUUGAGUAAGUUGGUUUUCUUUUUGGGCCUACAUGAGACCAUGAUCCAUUGGUCUAGGACCAUAGUUAGGCCCGUGGUUGAUGACACCAUCUUUGGUGGGGCCCGCCAAGAGAGGAUGGCCGAGAGGUGGGCCCUCGCCGCUUGUUUCGGGGCGUUGUCGUGGUGGCGGUUACGAGACGAGGUUGAGUCAUUGGUGGUGGUGGUGGAGGUUAAGAGGGAAAUGAUGAUGAAAGUUGGUUUGGGUGACUUUCUUGGGUUGUGGUUGUAUUAUUUGACCGUUGCAAUUGGGUUGGCUAGGAUUAUAAAGUCAAUUAUUUGGUUUGGUAUGACUAUUUUUAAAAGGAGGGUAACAAUUAAUGAUCAAGAUUCUAAUAUUGAGCUCAUUAGAGAGGAUGAAGAUAAAGUUUGAUAGAUGUAAGUCAACUAUUUCAAGACUACAUUUUUUUUUUCAUAGUUUUUAAUUAUUUUUUUUCCUUAAAUAUUUGUGGGAAGUUUUUCAACUUGUAUAAUGUAUUACAUCUUUUUGAGAUGUUGUAAAUGUGAUAUAAAUGAAGUAAUACAGAUCCAAUUAUAGCUUGAUCGGCAAUUGA